UUGUCACUAGCGAGCUUUUCAGACUUCUAAGAUCAUUCUCCUUCAACUACGGGCCGUCGUCCACUGGGAUGCGUUUACUCGGCUAGUGUAUAUCAGGGUGGUCUUGACGGGCAAGCGCAAGAAUGAUAUCCGAGUCUGCCUUACGAUUUUCUCAGUGAGAUAGAAGGUCGUAACAUGGAUGCUACAGCUGAACGGUCGAUUACAAAGGAUACGGAAACGCUCGCAAACGAUGAUGAUGACGAUGAUUCCUUGUAUAAUGGCACAAACCCACUGUCGGGGAUAACCCUCAAAGGCGAACUAAAGACAACGAAGUGUCCACAAUGGCCGCCGGCCUGGAUUGUCGGCUGGUCAACCCCAAGCCGGGGUUCUGCCCCAGCCCGGGGUGACUGGGACUUCUCAGUCGUCCGUCUCAAGCAUCGGUUAAGCCUAUUGGACUCACUUCGUCAAAAUUCCCGUCCGUCGCCGCGAGGCAAGCACAGAACGAAAUCUAGCAACUCCGAUCCCGACAGCGUCGCAAGUAAACAUCAUGGCCGUGAAAGGGAGCUUCUCGGAGAGGAACCAUGUCCGCAUGGCCAUGGCCAUUCGCGUGGAACGCCGAAAGCGCCAGUGGUGGGCCGUUCAGCGGGAACAGGUCAAAAGGGUGCACAGGCUCACGGCGAUUAAGAGUCCGUGUCAAGAUGAACUACCCAAGAACGAAGGCGAAGGCCUCGCGAGACACAGUGAAAUAAUGGAGGAGUCUCACCGGUACCGCCUGCUGAAGCCCCUUCCCCUCAACACUGGCAGCAGCUACAAUGGCGGAGCAGGCGGAGGAGGAGGCGCGUCUCCCGAGCUGCAGCAGCAGCAUGACCCAAAGGUGGCCGCCUACUACCGGGGCAUCUCCAAGCACCUGGACCUGCUGUCCAUGCCGGCGCCGGGUGACCGGUUCCAGCUUGUCAAGGUGGUCGGUGAAGGCACGUACGGCGAAGUGUACGCAGCAAGGGACAAGCUCACUGACCGGCUGGUGGCGGUCAAAAUCAUGGAGAACAUCGCGGACAACGUGGAGGAGAUGGAGGAAGAGCACCGAGUGCUGCGCGACCUCUGCGUCCACCCGAACAUCCCCACCUACUUCGGCAUCUUCUUCCAGCCGGCGCCUUGCAGGGAGGACGACCAAGUCUGGUUCGUCAUGGAGCUCUGCACUGGCGGCUCAGUCACCGACCUGGUGCAGAACCUGCGCAAGUCAGGCAGCAACCUCCCCGAGCCCAUCAUCGCUUACAUCCUGAGGGAAACCAUCGACGCGCUGCGGUUUCUGCACGCCCACCACUGCAUGCACCGGGACGUGAAGGGGCACAACAUCCUGCUCACAGACACCGGCACCGUCAAGCUGGUCGACUUCGGUGUGUCGUCUCACCUGGACGAGACGAUGGGCAGGCGAAAUACCUCCGUCGGGACACCCUAUUGGAUGGCGCCUGAGGUGGUGGCGUGCGAGCGGCAGCUAGACUACUCAUAUGACAUCCGCUGCGACGUCUGGUCAUUGGGCAUCACCGCCAUUGAGCUGGCCGAGGGAGAGCCGCCACUCGCCGACAUCCAUCCUAUGAGGGCGCUCUUUCAGAUACCGAGGAACCCGCCGCCCAAGCUGAAGAACCCGGCCGAGUGGUCCGAUGACUUCAACGAUUUCCUCUCAGUGUGCUUGGUUAAGGAUUACGAGAAGAGGCCCUUGAUGUCGGACCUGAUGAACCACAAGUUCAUCGCUCAGGUCCCAAAGCAUCCUGAAGAGAUCCGCCAGGAGCUGAUGCGGAUCCUGAAGGCGCAGCGCAAGGUAGGCUACAGCAAGCGGCUGCCCGAAGUGACCACUAAGCAUGGCCAGCUCAAGACCGACCGCAAGUCCAGGCCCACGCCCAUCCUCAUGGACGACCUGUCCGCCCUCGAGACGCUCACCGAGGAGAUCAUCGUUGACCAGCUGUACCAAAGAUUCAUGCGGGGCCAGAUAUACACGUACAUCGGCGACAUACUGCUCGCCAUGAACCCAUUCCAGAAGCUUCCUAUCUACUCCGAAGAGGUCUCCUUGAGGUACCGGAAUCGUGCCAAACUGGACAACCCGCCACACAUAUUCGCAGUCGCGGAUGCUGCCUACCACAGCAUGUUGCACCAAAAGAGGAACCAGUGCAUCGUCAUCAGCGGAGAAAGCGGAGCCGGCAAAACUGAGAGCGCCAACCUCCUGCUCAGGCAACUUGUGGCUCUGGGAAAGGCGACCAACCGCAACCUGGAGGACAAGAUCUUGCAGGUGAACCCCAUCAUGGAGGCGUUCGGCAACGCCAAGACGGGCAUCAACGACAACUCGAGUCGAUUCGGAAAGUUCCUAGACCUGACCUUCACAGAGCAGGGAAAGAUCACCGGAGGUAAGCUAUCGGUCUACCUCCUGGAGCAGUCUCGGGUGGUGUGGCAAGCACCACAAGAGCGCAACUUCCAUAUUUUCUACUACCUGUACGACGGGCUGGCCGACAUCAGGCAGCUCGGAAAUUACUACCUCGACACCACUGGCAAAAGGCAACACAGGUACCUCAACGGCGCGGCGUCGGACAAGGAGACCGCGUCGACUCACGUCGACAGGCUGAACAACAUCAAGCAGGGCUUCCAGCUGCUCGGGUUUCGGUCAGCCGAGACGGACACCAUCUACCGCAUCCUGGCGGCCAUCGUGCACCUGGGUGACGUGGAAGUGCGCAAGGCGGAGACCACCUUCCAGAACGACACGUGCAUCAUCGUCAACGCCGAGAAGAUCCCCAUCGUUGCGCAGCUGCUGGGCCUGCAAGGCAACGCGCUGCGGGACGCGCUCACCUCGAGCAGCAUGGUGAUGCGUGGCGAGGUGAUCACGCGCUGCAACUCGGCACAGGAGGCCGAGUGCGCGCGAGACGCCAUGGCCAAGGCCCUGUACGCGCGGCUCUUCGACUGGAUCGUCAACCAGAUCAACCGACACCUAGCGCUGGGACGCAUCGCCAUCGGCCUUCCGCUAUCCGUAGCCCUGCUGGACAUAUUCGGCUUUGAAGACUUGCAGAAGAACUCGCUGGAGCAGCUAUGCAUCAACAUCGCCAACGAGCAGAUUCAGUUCUUCUUCAACCAGCACGUGUUCGCGUGGGAACAGCAAGAGUACCUGAACGAGGGCCUGAGUGUCCAGCCGGUGUCGUUCGGCGACAACCGGCCCGUGCUGGACAUGUUCCUGGGCCGACCGCUGGGACUGCUGGCGCUGCUCGACGAGGAAAGCCACUUCCCCAACGCAACGGACCAGUCGCUCAUCGACAAGUUCCACAACAACAUCAAGUCCAAGUAUUACAUCCGACCGAAGUCCAAUGCCCUGCAGUUUACCAUCAGGCAUCAUGCUGGCAAGGUAUUGUACGACGCCCGUUGCUUCGUGGAGAAGAACCGCAACUUCCUGCCCACGGAGAUUGUGCAGCUUCUGCGGCAGUCCAAGCUGCCCGUUGUGCAGACCCUCUUUCAGUCGCCGCUCACCAAGACGGGUCAGCUGUACACACCAUCGCAGUACGCCUGCCAAAAUCUGUCGACGCAGAGCCUGGUGAGCCAGGCGAAAGCGCUGCAGACAACGAGCACCUCGUUCCGCUUCUCGCUCAUGGACCUGCUGCAGAAGAUGAGCGCUGGGCUGCCACACUUCGUGCGCUGCCUGAAGCCCAACGACUACCGGCUCGCCGGCGGUUUCUCGCGCGACAAGGUGCUCUGCCAACUGCGCUACACGGGCGUCCUCGAGACCAUCUACAUCCGCCAGCAGGGCUUCUCGCACCGAUACUCGUUCACCGAGCUGCUCAAGAGGUACGGCUUCUUGGCAUUCUCCUUCGACGAGAAGAUCGUCCCCAACCGGGAUACGUGUCAUCAACUUCUCGUGCGGCUCAAAAUGGAUGACUAUGCUAUCGGAAAGUCGAAGGUAUUCCUGAAGUACUACCACGUGGAAUACCUUUCUCGACUUUAUGAGCAACAAAUACGGAAGAUAGUGAUCGCACAGUCGGCUGUCCGGAGGUGGCUCGCAAAACGCUACGUGCAGAAGAGGAGACUUGCCAUUGCACUGGUCGCCCAGCGGUGUCAAAUGAAGAUCCAGAAGAACAAGGAGGCGGCGAACCGAAGAAAGGUGGCGCAUCACAAGUGUGCCGAUCCAAACGGCUCCACUUGGAAGUGCCUCAAGAUACUAGACUUUUGUCAGAAGGUACACCACUGCCCAAGCAGCAGGAAUCGCUGUCUAAAGAAGGCGCACCCAAACACCAACAUCACACAGCUCAUCAUGACUUGCCACCAGGUGCCGGGCCUGUCUCCCAGGAAUGGUGAAACCAUUGUGGACGAGACUCCUGUGCCAAGUGAGCGAAGAAUCAAUGGUCGCUGCAGAAACCAGGACCACCACCAUCAACAAAGGCCACAACCUAAGAAAGCUCUACAUCUCAACAACUUUGAUCUCUGCACUCACAAGCUCCCUGCAGAAGAAAGGAAAAUACUGGCCACAGAGGUUCCUGUGAAACCAGCACCAAGGGAGUUGCGCAAUGGAGUUAAUGGAGUCAAUGGGGACCAGAGGAGACACCUUGAGACUGAUGCAAGUUCAGCUUCUGGAAACUCGAGCAGCCUGAGCAGUGGUCCCAGGCCUACAAUUGUUGAAGUUGAAUCCUGGUGGCAAGAAGGUUCACUUAAAGAAAACCGCACAAUUGAACCUACCACUCCGGUUCACUGUGAGAUGGCCACACAGCAGGACAGCGACCCAAACCAAGGUCCCUACCAGUUUAAGAAGAUCCUGCGAAAACCUCCGCCUUCGCCCAAGCCAUCACCGAACAGGCAAACGCCUGGCGUGUUCGAUUUUCGCAAGCUAUUACGUAAGACAGAUAAUGCACCUACAGAGACUUUGAAGCGUUGCAAGGGCUUGAUAUCGUCAUCAAAUUCAGUCACAUGAUCCUUACAGCUACAAUGGCAUCAAGUGUACAAGGUGCAGGAUGUCUGGUCCUGCUUCGAGUGAAAGUAGUACAGGACAACUAGUCUCUCCGUUUCCGUCCUUGCAGCUCAUUAUGCCAUGCUGCAAUGUGUAUGUCAUACAGUGCAAGCACACACAGCGAGUCUUAUUUCUAGCUCAUUCAUGUUCAAGGACGCCGUGCCCACUUUGAGCGGAAAUCAGGUUUAGCAAAGUAGUAUUGUGCUAGAGCAACGACCUGUGUUCUGCAAAUUGCCUUUAACCAAAUAUGCAAAUGUGGUACUAUACAAACAACGCAGGUGAAGUACAAGAAAAGAACCCCCUAGCCAUGACGCCAGCAAAUACCAACUGUGAUAAAGAAAUUGGGGCUUUUAUAAAGCUUUUAUAAACCUUUUAGUAGCAGUAUUAUUCUCACACUUAUGGUGUCUGCAGUUACACUACCUGUUACAGCUAAAGAAAACACUAGUGGCUAUGAAGAACACACUUUGUGUACAGUCGCUGAAAGUGAUUUUGUCCACUUACAACGAAGGGCUUGCCGCAUUUUAAGCCAGAAAGCAGUCUCAAGAGAAUGCCCACAUACCGAAAAACAAUCGCAUAUAUAGACACACAGAAAGUUAAACAAGGUUUCUCAUGAAGAAGAAAGGUAUUUAUUCAAGACCACACUGCACGCCAUGUACGUGCAAGAACGGAAUACGUAAUAAAGAUUCUCAGGGCCCUGAACCUUCAUAUUCACUCCCUGUAGAGGAGGAAGAGCAUAUAUGCUCUACUGAAGUAAAUACUUAUGAUUUCUAACAAUGUGAAAUGUGUAAAUAAACAAUCUGUAUAAAAGAUGUACAAAGCAUUUUUCAUCAGAGUGAAACUAUACAGUAAUAAAAGUGUGAUAUUUCCUCGCAC